UUUGCCGCAAAUUCCAUCAUGGAGCUGGCCGAGCUCGCGGUUCCCGCCGACACGGCCACGCCGCCCGCCGUCGAUGCGACACCGGACGACGCCGCCAGCCAAGACAACGCGACGCAUGCAGAAGACAUUGUCUUCUCCGCCUACGCGUGCAAGUCGCUGGACUUUGGCCAGCCGCACCCGGGCAACAUCUCCGAGUCGGCCCUCUUGGCCACGGCACCGCUGCCGCCAUGUGAGUACAACCGGGAUGCGUUUCCCGACGACCUCGUCGACCAAGGCAAACUCACGAGUCUGCAGCUCGAGGGAAUCUUAUAUGCGUGCAUGCAGCACCAAAAGAUCCUACCAACGGGCGAACGCUGCGGCUUCUUCCUCGGCGAUGGGACCGGCGUUGGCAAAGGGCGGCAACUCGCCGGUAUCAUUUUCGACAACCUCUGCCGCGGGCGCAAGAAGCAUCUCUGGUUCAGCGUCUCGAACGACCUCCGGGCCGACGCCGAGCGCGACCUCCGCGACAUUGGCUGCCACGUCGCCGUCAUCGACGGCUGCCAGCAACUCGACAAGGCCAGCUUGAAAGGCUUUGGGCAGAGUAGUAACAGCAAGCAAGGCGUGCUCUACAGCACGUACUCGACGCUCACGUCCAACUUGGCGCACCCAACAAAGUCGCGCCUCGCGCAGAUCGUCGGGUGGUGCGGCGACAACUUUGAGGGCUGCAUCCUCUUUGACGAGUGCCACAAGGCCAAGCACGGCGACUUGAGCAUGAAGGACGCGACAGCCUCCAAGGUCGCGACGGCGGUCGCCAAAAUUCAAGAGCUUUUGCCCCGCGCACGCGUCGUCUACUGCAGUGCGACCGGUGUCGGCGGCAUCGAGCACAUGGCGUACAUGGGUCGGCUUGGGUUAUGGGGACCGCGGACGGCGUUUGCGGGCUUUAGCGAUUUCUUGUAUACGAUUCAAAACAAGGGCAUGGGGGCAAUGGAGAUGCUCGCGAUCGAGAUGAAGCUCCAAGGCAAGUACCUCUCGCGCGGGUUGAGCUACGAAGGCGCCGAGUUUCGCAUCGAGACGGUCGUCUUGGACGACGCCCAGGAAGCCAUGUACGACCGCUCGGUGCAGCUCUGGACGAUGCUCAUGGGCUGCUUCCACCGCGCGUGCGCCAUUACGCGCACGAGUGGCGACGUCAUGAAGACGUUUUGGGGCUGUCACCAGCGCUUCUUCCGACAGCUCUGCAUGGCUCUCAAGGUGCCAUUCAUCGUCAAGUGCGUGCAAGAGAGUCUCGCCCUCGGCCAGUGCGCAGUCAUUGGCCUCCAGACGACAGGCGAGGCCAGCAUGGAGCGAUCGGUCGCGGCCAACCUCGGCACCGACAAGACGCUGUCGCACACCCUCGUCUCGCUCCUCGAGCGCAUCCUCAUCGACUUUAUCGAGCUCCAUUUUCCGACCAAAGUGCAGUUGGCGGCGUCGAGCAUGAGUGCGUCGUACGACAUUAGCAUGAUCGACGCGGCGCUUGCCGGUGACGCUGAUAGCAAGAUGGAGCGGCUGCCCGACGGGUCGCUCCAAAGUGUUCUCUGUGUCGAGAUGCGGGCGAUGCUGCUUCGCCAAGUGCUCGACCUGCAGUUGCCUCCGAAUCCGCUCGAUCACCUCAUUGAUGCCCUCGGUGGUGUCGCGGCGGUGGCCGAGCUCACGGGCCGCCGCCUCCAUGUCGUGCGCAACGCCCGCGGCAACUUUGAGACCAAACCGCGCGGCGUUCACCUGGACAAGGUCAACAUGGCCGAGCGGCAAGCGUUCAUGGACGGUACCAAGCUCGUCGCGAUCAUCUCGGACGCUGCCAGCACCGGCAUCUCGCUGCACGCCGAUCGCCGCUGCCGGAACCAGCGCCGGCGCAUUCACAUCACCCUCGAGUUGCCAUGGAGCGCGGACAAGGCGAUCCAGCAGCUCGGCCGCACGCACCGCUCCAAUCAGUCGUGUGCGCCGUCGUAUGCACUCGUGACGACCAACUGCGGCGGCGAAAACCGGUUUGUCGCCAGUGUCGCCAAGAAAAUGCUGACCAUGGGGGCGCUCACCAAAGGCGACCGGCGCGCGGGCAGCGGCCAGGACUUUUCGGGCUACCAUUUCGAGACCAAGUAUGGGUUUCAAGCGCUGCGGGAGCUUCUCAAGGUCGCGGGGACGCCGACGCUGGUCGAAGGCGUCGACGGCGCCGCGUUACUGGCGCAGACGCCGUUCGUGUCGUCGCUAGGGCAGCUCCAGCUGGUCUUUGCCAACUGCCUCAAGCAAAUUGGCCUACUGCCGCCGCCGACGACAUGCGCGGUCAAGCUCUUCCUCAAUCGUCUCCUCGGACUGUCACCAAUGCACCAGAACGCGCUUUUUUUGUACUUUGAAAAAUGCCUCCAGGCUGUGAUCGCCAAGGCGACGCAGGAAGGCAAGUACGAUGAGGGCUACGACGACAUCAAGGGCCGGAAGGGCCAGCUCCAACGCCAGUCGCUUCUGAGUCCGACGGUCCAGCACUCGCACGUCGAGGUCGACCGCGGCAUCUCGUACGAAGAAGCGACCACCUUGCUUGCGUCGUCGGUCGCCGCCGGCUACAGUGCGAGCUUUUACAUCAGCGACACCAAGUUUUACGGCGAGUACCUCUUCAUGCUCAUGCUCGUGAGCGCGAACAAGACGUCGUGCUGCGUCGUGCGGCCCAACACGGGCUACCUGUACUUUGACCGGUCCAAGCUCGACGAUAUGCGAGACAAGUACGCCGCAAUUACGCCGGCCGCGGCCGAGAAGGGCUGGCGACGCAUCUUUGAUGAGAGCAGCGUGCGCUGCGUGCACUGGAACGGGUGCAAGGCCGGCUUGACGUGCCGCGUCGGCAUGCGCAUGAUGCAGUACCACGUGCUCACGGGCUCGGUGCUUCCGAUCUGGAAGCUGCUCGAAGCCGUGCUCUUGUCGUCGCCGGACGUGUCGCCGUCGUCGCAACUCCGCAUUGUGCGUAUUGCGCUGACCAACCACCCGACGCAGUCCAAGCUGGUGGGCUUGAGCUUCCCCGUCGAGCUCAUUGGACAGCUCCACGUCGAGCUCACGAAACUCGCGUCAGGCCACUCGCUCCUCGCUGUCGAAGCCCCGAGUCCCGUCGACUGCAAGGCGCGGGACCGCCUCAUGCAACCUGAGCGCACGCUCCUGAGUUACUUUGGUGCGGGCGCCGAGCCGACGCCCAAGCGGCACAAGCCCGACUCGGCGACCAAGCUAAGCAAUACCGCGACGGUGGUGGUCCAGCCCCGCAAGACGAGUGCGACGCCCAACGCUGCAUCGACGGCUGCGUUCUUUGCGCCCAAGUCGACGACACGUUUGACCACACGGAUGGCUGCGCUCCCGACGGCGAGUGUACCGGCUGUCGAGUGCAUUGAUUUGGUCAGCGACGACGACGACUGCAUUUAAGCCACAAAUGAAAUGCAUGGUCGGAGC